CGAACAUCGCACUUUAGUGGCCAUAAGUGCCGCUUCCAGGCUGCGAAUAGCCGAUUUGCAAACUCUCAUUGUCUGAUUCUCUGAUCAGUAUCAAGUCAACCGCCUGAGAUGGCUGAUAUUCUCGCAACCAUCUUCGGUCUUGGGAGAUACGUUCAUAAGACUGUUAAUUUUAUUACUGAAACAAGACAGAUUGGAAAGGAAGCUCCUCACCAGUUUCACGGAUAUCAAUAUGAGAUUCGGACGCUCGAGAUUACGCUCGUCAGAAUGGAAGGGCAUUGCAACCAUUCUGACCUUAUCCCGUUGAUGCAAACAUCACUGCUAGCUGACUACCUUUUCUGGUGCCGCAAAACCUUGGAGUUGGCAUCUGAAACUGUGAACGACUUCGUUGAGCGAACUACGACUGGUAGCAAGUUUAGGCGACGACUCUUUCUUGCAAAGCUUGCCCUGAACAACGAUCUAACUCACCUGGAAACGCGGCUAGAGAAGCUACAGAAGAGUUUGGAGAGAGUUCAGAUCUGUCUUCAGUUCGGUUCAAGAAUCACUGGGACAGGAAUCUUUGGGAACACUGAGGUGAACAUCGACGAGGAAUAG